AAAUGUUGAUUACUCUACUCUCCACUGUACAGUAGAGAACAUUAAUGUGAUAGCUGGUGGAUACGUCUAGAUUCGUUAAUAGAAACAAUCAUGUUGGUGGUGAAAUUUAGAGCGUCUCUGAAGAAAUUAUUUUUACUGACAUUUCCAAUCUCUACUGCCAUUUUGAUUGGUCCAACCAAGGCUGAUGUAUGCCCUUUAUCCGAUGAUUUAUUAUUCAAGCCUCCUGACUUAAAAGAAGAAAGUUGUCCUUCUUCUGAAAUAAAACGUUUAAGGCAAUCAGAAGAGAAAUGUCCAUUUGCCCAACCAGUGAGAGAAGAUACAAGCGGUGAAAGGAUGAGUGUCGAGGACGUGGAGAUAGCUGCUUGUUGCAAAGCGUGCAAGACACGUAACCCUGCUACAGCUACAGAGUACUACUAUGAUAUCAAUUCGAAGGAUUACUAUUUUGAUUCUUAUGCACAUUUUGGAAUCCAUGAAGACAUGAUCAAAGAUGAAGUUCGUACCAAUACUUAUCGACAAGCCAUUCAAGACAAUCCACAUCUGUUUAAGGGGAAAACAGUUUUGGAUGUAGGAUCCGGCUUGGGAAUACUGUCUCUGUUUGCCGCAAAAGCAGGAGCAGCAAGAGUGAUUGGUAUAGAAGGCUCUACAAUAGCCGAACUCGGCAAGCAAAUUAUAAGGGACAAUAAUAUGACAGAGGUUGUUACCAUCAUCAAAGGCCAAGUGGAAGAAAUAGAGUUACCUGAUGGUAUUGAAAAAGUAGAUAUCAUUAUUUCUGAAUGGAUGGGAUAUUGUUUAUUGUUUGAGUCAAUGUUGUCCACGGUGAUUUAUGCCCGAGACAAGUGGUUGAAGCCAGGAGGACUCAUGUUCCCUGAUAGUGCCUCCAUCUUUCUCACUGCUAUUGAAGACAGGGUGUUCAAGAAUGACAAAAUUCUCUGGUGGAACAAUGUAUAUGGUUUCAACAUGAGUGCUGUCGGAAAGGUGGCAUUGUUGGAGCCAAUUGUUGACCUCGUCGACAAGAAAAAUGUUGUGACAACAUCUUCUAGACUGAAGACGUUUGACCUUUACAAAGUGAAGGUUAAAGACAUGACAUUCACAGCUCCUUUCUCUGUGCGAGCGAGACGUCCGGAUUAUGUUCAUGCUCUAGUGGUAUUCUUCUCAGUGGAGUUUCUCAGCUGUCACACACCCACAGGAUUCUCCACAGGCCCAGAGACACUCUUCACCCAUUGGAAGCAGACUAUUUUCUACCUCAGGGAUUUCAUAAUGAUCCAACAGAAUGAAGAAAUUUCAGGACAUUUUUCAGCCAAACCAAAUCUAAAAAGCAGACGUGAUUUGGAUGUACGUAUAGUCGCCUCGUUUCAAGGCAAAUUGGGAACUUUACAAGAAGACAAUCAUUACAAAGUUAGAUAGUAAAUUUAAUGCAAAAUUUGUCAA